AUGUGCCCGAGGCGAUGGCCCCCAGGUCUUUGGACACCGCAUGGUGUGCAGCCCCCAUCCUGCUGCUCUCUCUUGCAGGGAGGAGUGACUGACGACAAAAGCGACGAUGGCAAAUCCGUCUCCACGCUGAGUUUUGGUGUCAACAGACCCACCAUCUCCUGCAUCUUCGACUAUGGGAACCGCUACCACCUCCGCUGCUACAUGUACCAGGCGCGGGACCUGGCUGCCAUGGACAAGGACAGCUUCUCUGACCCCUACGCCAUCGUUUCCUUCCUCCACCAAAGCCAGAAGACGGUAGUGAUCAAGAACACCCUGAACCCCACCUGGGACCAGACGCUCAUCUUCUACGAGAUAGAGAUCUUCGGGGACCCCAAGAACGUGUCUGACUGCCCUCCCAGCAUCGUGGUGGAGAUAUACGACCACGACACCUAUGGGGAUAACCCCAAUCCUCCCCAGACCAGCUGCUGAAACAGCUCUUGGGUUGGACUCAGUCGCGGAACCAUUCAGGU